GUGUCCUUGCCAGUGUGGGGAAUGAUGAGUGAAAUGAAGGCAUUAAUCGCAAUGGUAAUUGUCCAAAUUGGUUACGCAGGCCAAGAUAUUCUGUUCAAACUUGUGAUCGAAGAUGGUGUGAACGUCAGAGUUGUUGUGGCAUAUCGUCUCAUCUUUGCCACCAUUUUUAUGUUCCUCCUUGCCUUCAUCUUCGAAAGGAACAAGAGGCCAGAGUUUACAUGGAGGCUUCUUAUCCUGGCAUUUCUUGUGGGGUUAUUCGGCUCGGCAGGACCGAAUAUCCUCUUUGCUGAGGCCCUGGCUAGGACAACAGCUACGUUUAUUUCAACUGCGACCAUACUAGUCCCGCUAGUAACAUUCGUCUUGGCUGCUAUACUUAGAACGGAACACGUACAUCUUGGAUCAAAAUAUGGAAAAGCUAAAGUGAUUGGGACACUACUUGGCGUUGGUGGAUUAUUUUUCUUUGUAUUGUACAAAGGAAAAGAGAUCCAUCUUUGGUCGUCUCGUAUUCAUCUAGGAGGCCGGACACACAGUGAUACAACUCCGAACAUUUCUAUACUUGCGGCCUUUCUUGCUCUAGGAGGCGUAAUCUCUUAUUCCUUUUGGGUUCUAUUGCAGGUUAAGAUAGGUAACGGACUUGGGGGACCUUAUUGGAACACUGCUUUGAUGAACAUGAUGGGGAGCUUGGUGGCUCUUCUUGUGGCUCUUAUUUGGAAACCUGAUUUUGAAGAAUGGAGAUUAGGAUGGGAUAUUAAACUGUUUGCCCGCAUCUUUUCGGGAAUUAUGAUUUCCGGUAUGGCAUUUGCUGUCAUUGUGUGGUGUGUGGACGCUAAUGGACCAGUAUUUGUGUCCAUGUUUAGGCCUGUACGACUAGUGGUUGUUGUCAUCGUCGCAUCACUUAUUUUACAAGAGCCUAUUUAUUCCGGGAGCAUUAUAGGUACAGUCAUUCUUGUGGGAGGACUGUACCUCGUCUUAUGGGCUAAGAAGAAAGAAAUGAAGAGUAUGUCAAAUCCAGUAGAAACAAAUAGGACAGAUCGUAAUGUUGUCUGAUAUAACAACAUCAUGACGUGAGAAU